AUGAUGUCUACCACUAGUGAUUCGUUGCUUCCCUCCAAGAAGAGAAUCACGACGUAUGGCAGGAAGCGCACCGGCGCGUCUCCAGCGCUUGGGUCGCAAGAUUCAUCCAGGAAGCCGUCACCGAGCUUGGCACGACCGACACCCCAAGCGACGCGCUCAUCGUCGCGAUCUACAAGCCCAGUAAAGCGUUUGGCUCCUGUAGAACCGUCAAGCAGUCAAAGUGCAAACGUCUUGCCAUCCCGAGAGAGAAGUGAAAAUGGCAAAGAUGGCACCAGGGUGGUGAAGAGGAAGCAGUCGCAGGGUCAGGCUACAAACCGCCAGGUGAAGAAGCAGAGAUCUUCGAGUCCGGAUUCGGCGGUGUAUGAUAUCUACGACGAUAUCCCUUCCUCGCCGAAACAAGCGCCUCGUAGCAAGCCAGUGCCCGCGAAGGCCAACCCACCGCGAGCGCGCAACAGAGUUACACCGCCGAAGGAUACUGCUAUGAAGAAUGCUGCCAUCAUGUCACCGUUCUCCCCAGCAACAUCCAAGACCCUGAGCUCUCUCAGUGUGAGCUCCCGAAACACAGCGUCCACUCAGUCCGCUCAACAGCAAAUACCGAUUCGACCGCCUCGGAAGGCCCCUGUGGAUUUUGGCCCCCCGCUAGCGAAACCCUCGAAAGAAAAGGCGACAGAACCAGAACCUCAAUCUCUACCCGCUCAAGGAGACGCGCGACCUAGGACGCGGCUGAUCGACGCCCUUGCUGCUCAGGCAGAAAGCUCCGACUCGAUGGAUGACAGCGAGGACGAUGCGGAUUUUGCCGCCCUUGGCUUGAAGCGUACACUACCUAGCAGUCAACAUGCCGACACGGCUCCAGACAGCAAUAGUCAAUCUUUGGCGACGCCGUCACAGACGAGGUCCAUGGUCGCCCGGGAGACCUCUCUCUUAUCUAAGAAAUCAGGCGUGAAGUUCACCUAUAGCCAGGAGAGGACUGUGCUGGCAGAAAACCCUCUGCUGGAUUCGGCCGGGUCUGGACUCGAUCUCUGGUCUCAAAGCCUGUUGCCAGACAGUCAGCCAAAGGCCUCACAAAUGUCCAUCGAUGAAGACCUCGAAGAUAACUCUGGCGCUGUUCGCAGCUUACACGAGCUUCGACAAGCAGGGGCAAACAAUCGCUGCGCUGAUGAGAUGGACGACCUCUUGGACCGGAUAGGAAUUCCGAGUCAGGGUAAACCCUCGUCCGCAAGGCGUACAGCGCUACUGGAGCUCUCAGAGAAGAUCCAGGACAAGGCCUUCCGCCGUCAAUUCCGAGACCAUGGCGGAGAGCCCAACGUCUUCAACAGAAUUGGGAAGGAGGUCGAUCUUAUCGCUGGCUAUACCAUCAUCUCGAUUCUCACCACAAUCUUGGCCUCUCCGCCUGUGCCGGACCCAUUGCUGCUCCAGCAGUUGCAAACCCAGGGCAUUGCAAACCUGUUUGCAACCCUCAUCGCUGAAGAACGGGACAUCUCGAGUGUGGCCAGGGAUCGCAAGAGCAACCUCUCUAAACAUACGCAAACAACGGUGGCGAAUUUGAAAACUACCAUACUGAACUUGCCAAACCUUUGGAGCCAUCCACCGCCUCAGCUCCCCCCUCGCACCCUGGCUUUGAAGUGCCUGGAUCUGAUAAUUCCGGCUCAUUCGUCCACCAUGACGGUUGAACAUGAGAUCGCGACCUCGGCUAUCGUGGAUCAGCUGUUUGAGAUCCUCUCAUCUGCUGCCGGUGACGCAGAGUCGGAGUCGUGGGAUUUCCCACACAGCACGGAGUCCAUCAACCUGUACCUGGCACUCAACCUGCUUGUCAAGCAUUCGGUGCCUGUGAUGCAGUCGAGCCUAGGACCGGAUUGGACCAGCCGCCAUCUGCCCACGGUCGCGGACAUCCUCGAGGCAUCCCUUCUCCGCAAGGCCGACAAGUUGGGAGAACUCGACGUCCGGGCUCUGAAACUCACCAUGAAUACCGCCAACAACAACCCCAAAGCCCCUAGCAUCUUCUUGAAAAGGGGUGUGCUUCGGGAGCUGGCCGGCGUUGUCUGCAGAACCUUCGGAGAAGUCCUCCACCCCACGGCAGGCGAGGGUUUCAAGCCAGCUACUUUCGAUUCUCUUGUGCUGAUGCUUGGAGUGAUGAUCAACUUUGCCGAACAUGAACCCACAGCAGGGCGCACACUGCUCGAGUCGCAAUCGGCUUUGCAGAGUCUAGAUAAUCUCAUCAGAAUAUUCCUCGACAACUGCUCCACGACGCAUGAGGCCGACUCUGAGGAGUCGUCUCAGCUGAAUGUCCUGUUUGGCUAUCUAUCCGUUCUCCUCGGGUACUUGUCAGUCUACAAGCCCGUAAGGGAGAGGUUCGGGGCCGUCCAACGAGGCGGUAACCUACGGCCCCUCAUAAGCUCCGUCCAAGAGUUUAUUGCCUACUACAACAAGGUAGUAGAUCACGCCGAGAACGAUAACUCGACUGGGCGGCUGCAAGCACUAGUCGAGACGCUGGAACAUUCGUAA